CAACGAGAGCAAACCCAGUGACUCACUGCCACCGCGACAGCUCCUCGAUAGCUCUUCCCCUCACACACGCUCACACCUGGUUUGAGAUGGCGGCGGCAGUGGCAGCGGCUGGGGAUUCCGAGUCCUGGGACACGGACGCAUUCUCGGUGGAAGAUCCCGUGCGGAAGGUCGGGGUCUGCGGCACCGCCGGCGGGGACCGCUGGGAAGGCGAGGACGAGGACGAGGAUGUCAAGGAUAACUGGGAUGAUGAUGAUGAUGAAAAAAAAGAAGCAGCAGAAGUAAAACCAGAAGUAAAAUUUUCAGAAAAGAAAAAAAUAGCAGAGAAGAUAAAAGAGAAAGAAAGGCAACAGAAGAAAAGGCAAGAAGAAAUUAAAAAGAGGUUGGAAGAACCUGAAGAACCUAAAGUGCUAACACCGGAAGAACAAUUAGCAGAUAAACUGCAGUUAAAGAAAUUGCAGGAAGAGUCAGACCUUGAAUUAGCAAAGGAAACUUUCGGUGUUAAUAAUACAGUUUUUGGAAUAGAUGCUAUGAACCCAUCUUCAAGAGAUGACUUCACAGAAUUUGGAAGGUUACUAAAAGAUAAAAUUACACAAUAUGAAAAGUCACUAUAUUAUGCUAGUUUUUUGGAAGUCUUAGUUCGAGAUGUGUGUAUUUCAUUGGAAAUUGAUGACUUGAAAAAGAUUACCAAUUCAUUGACUGUCCUUUGCAGUGAAAAACAGAAGCAAGAAAAGCAAAACAAAGCCAAAAAGAAGAAGAAAGGUGUGGUUCCUGGAGGGGGAUUAAAGGCACCAUGAAAGACGAUCUGGCAGAUUAUGGUGGUUAUGAUGGAGGAUAUGUACAAGACUAUGAAGACUUCAUGUGACA